AUGGGCAGCGCCGCUGAGGACCUGCCUUACUGGCAGGUCAACGUCCCUGAACACCUGAGGACCGCGGAAUGCCCCGAGUUCCUGCGGGACAUCACAGAGAAGGACCGGCGCAUUAUCAGCACGCCGGACAGCGAAUUUGAGCUCGAUUCUUGGGAAGUGGUGCGGCAAAAGGUAGCACAAAACCGUCUGGAGUUGUUCCAGAGAGUACCCUCAGACCUGCGCCGAUACCAUGCCUUCACCUGGAAGCUCAAGCAAGACUAUGGCAGCGUCAUGAACUUUAUCCUGACACAGCGGUUGCAAUGGACGCUGCCGAUCACGCCCAGGGGCCGGCCAUUUGAGUUCGACGACGACAUCAAGGUCCUGAGGAAUGACUGGCCGUAUGGCAUUGACAGGCGCAUCGUACACCUCGUCGUCUGGACCAAGUUUGCGCUCGAGGAAGACCCGGAGACUGGGGAUCUGACUGACAAGGCACGGGCCGAAAUCGAUGCCUAUGUCCGCAUAGUGUUCUCAAGGAUACCCCAAGAUCAUGUCGUAUGGUUCAAAAACUGGGCGUCGCUCAAAUCUGUGAAAUCGGUGGAACACUUCCACAUCAUGUUGUUCGACCCGGAUCCCGAGGUGAUCCGGGAGAUCACAAAUGGUGACGUUCCUCUCUGCGAGAAAGAAUGA